AUGAACCCGACACAACCGAGCAGCAAUCCCAAUCUCCUGCAGGUACAAGGCUCUGCAAACCAUAAUGUCAGUGGUGCUAGUUUAAGCUUUGAUGAUGUUGGUAGUCAUCAUAGCGGAUUUGGAGGCAUUGGUUUCAAUGGAGAGUCAAGCCAGGGUCAUAUUGUUAUAAUAUCUCUGUCUUUGGCCCUUAACAUUGUAACAUUAUUAAUGUUCUUAUAUUGCAAAUCUGCGCUUGGAAAUGGCAGUAAACAUUGGGAUAGACUAAAACGAUACACAAGAAAGAUGUGUGUCAUUCAUCUCGUAUUUUCUGUUCCGAUGAUGUAUUGCUAUGGAGUGUUUUGGCACUGUGAUUAUACGACACUGAAAUUGUUCGCCUUCUCUGAAGUUGAAUGUUGGUCUCCUUCUAAUAGUGGCCUUGCAUCAAUAUCAAUGUUGGGAGCAUUAAUGACUUUCAUUAUUACAUUAAUAUCAAGUUUGGUUCUUGUAGAUAUCAAUCCAGCAAGUAAGGGAAUAUUUGUGAGUUUUACUCCAUUCUUUUUUGCUUCUCUAGUUGCUUCGAAUACUCUUUUUGCAUUCCUUCAACAAGCUAUUCCUCCUUACAUUUACUAUGCUGUCCCAUCAUUAUUUAUUGUGAAACAGUUAUUGUUGUGUGUAGCGCUUGUUCAGAGAUAUCCAUUCUUUAGAAGAGUGGAAAAUUCAGUCAUGUUUGGGGUAUUGGUAGGCUCUGGAAUGUGGGCAGUAGCAAAUCUGGUUGUCUUCUCUGUAAAUAGUAAUGUUCCUUCAAUUGAUCUGGAAACAUCAGGACUUGCAAUAAUGGGUGUUGGUUUCUUGUUGCCCAUCACUGGGAUCGUUCUCGGUUUUGUUGGUAUUGAAAUUGCCACUCGUGUCAUUGUUUCAAAAGUAAAACAUGAUCUCGAUAACUUAAUGAGCAGUCCUCAAGGUGAACUGGAAGAAAUGAAGUAUUCUCAUUUAUUUAUUCAGUGGGCCAUGAAAGAUCAUUCCCUUGCAGAGUACGUGCGGUAUCUUAUUAAUGAAGUUUCUUCAACCAAGGUGGAUCUCUCAUUCAUCGAUUUGAUAACGAGUGCUUGUUAUAUGCACUAUUUGGUGGAAGAUUUUCAAACCAGUGCACUCUUGUUGCUUAAAAGAUCUGAAGAAAUGUUUGAUUCUGUUUGGUUCAUUGACAGAUUAGAACUCCAAAUAAGAAAGAGAGAAAUCACUAGCCACAUUCAUGCUGAAAGCGCUGAAGUGUCUGAGUACUUGACAAAAGUUGUAGCUAAACAAGACACAAUUCUAAUUCUCCAAAGAUCAUUCUGGAAAAUUGUCCUAUCAGAAGAAAUAUCUGAAUUGGCGAUGGAACAAGCAGGAAGAAAGAUAUGGUCAACUCUUUGA